AUGUUUGACCUUCUACCUCUAUGUGUGGUACUCAUUGUCAUGUUUCUGACCGGAAGCUUGAUCAUAAGGAGUCGUAAACUAGGAGACUUGUCUGGUCGGUAUGUGUUUAUAACCGGCUGUGAUACAGGAUUCGGAAACAUGCUUGCCAAGAGAUUGGAUUCUUUAGGUAUGAAUGUGUUUGCUGGCUGUCUCACACCAAAAGGACAACAAGAUUUAGAAAAGGCAACAUCUAAGCGUCUUGUUACAGUUGCUCUUGACGUUACAAAUGAAGACAGCAUCCGCAAAGCCUAUGCUGAAGUUAAGCAGAAACUUCCACACGACAAAGGUCUUUGGGGCCUCGUCAACAAUGCGGGCGUCGCGGGAAACGCAUCACCACUGGAAUGGCAAACCAUUGAAAACUACCGGAAAUGCAAUGACGUCAAUUUGUACGGAAUGAUCAACGUCACUACAGUGUUUUUGCCACUAGUGAGAAAGGCUAAAGGUCGGGUUGUCAGCAUCACGAGCAUCAUGGGAAGGGUUGCCCUUGUUCCUAGUCCAUACGUCGUUUCUAAGUAUGGUGCGGAGGGAUUUUGCGAUUGUCUUAGAUACCAGUUAUACAACUCAGGUGUGACCGUUCACAUCAUUGAACCAGGGUUUUUCAAAACCGCUAUAAUUAAUAUAGAAGAUUCCGAGAGAGACAUGAGGAAGUCUUUCCAAGCACUCGAAAAUGAACAAAAAGAAUUCUACGGAGAACAUUAUAUUUCUGAAUUAAUGGACAGCGCAAAUAAAACAAUUGACGAACUCGUGUCCCCUAACACAUACAAGGUGGUGGAUGCUUUCACGCAUGCGCUGACUGCAGUUUAUCCACGUGCCAGAUACGUUGUUGGAUUUGACGCAAACAUCCAGUUCCGCUUGAUUUGGACUCUGCCGGAGUGGAUUGGAGAUCGGUUGGUCACCAGUCGAUUUCCAAAACCAGCUGGAUGUCAAAAUCGGUAA